AUGGAGAAAUGUUCCGGCUUAGUUUGCCGAAGGCAAACACUAAAUCAUGAUUUCCUUUUGGAGUACUUUUUAAGAAAUCUCAGUUGUGAUAUCAGUGUCCAGUUGGAAUUUGGUAGACCGGAUGUAAGGCCAUGGGAUUAUAAUCUCUUUGUCAUUGAUUCUGCCAAGGCAUUUGAGGCUCUGCGUCUUCAACUGCCGGGACCGUCAAAGAAUCGUCAAUUUUAUUUCUUCAUUCUACUUACCUGCUCCUCGGCACAUCCCACCUAUGUCAAGCAACAAAUGUAUAAAAUAUUUAAAGUUUGUCUACAAAUCGGUGUUAAAAAUGCCGUCAUUAUGCAUCGCUAUUCCGCUGGAGCGUACAUCAGCUUCUACACCUACUAUGCCUUUGGCCGUUUCCAUUGUUGGGACGACAUAACCAUACGAGAAAUAAAUCGCUUCGAAAAUGGUAGCUUAAGUGGAAAUUAUUUAUUUCCCAAACAGUUGCGAAACUAUCACGGCUGUACAAUAAUGGUGAGCGCUCAUCUGGUGGCACCGUUACUUAGCUUCAACGGGGAUUUUACCAAUGAGCAGCAUUUGCGUGAUAAGUCACGAAUUGCCGGCAUUGAAGGAGAUAUUUUGAAAACGGUAGCCGAUACACUGAAUAUGAAUUUAAAAUUUCGUUUUCCGCUGAAUUUGAAUAAGAAGUUCAUGUUUUCGAAUAGGACGGAUUCUCUUGUGGAUCUCACAGAAAAUCGAUCGGAAAUUGCAAUUGGAGGUUUGAGUCCCAUACUACCGGAUACCCAACAAUUUACCUAUUCUUCUGUCUAUCAUACCACACCGGGUGUGUUUGUGGUGAAAAGAGGAUUAAGUUUUGGACCUCUCAAGCAACUAUUGAAGCCCCUCGACACCAAUAUAUGGAUACUUAUCAUACUUCAAUGGCUUGUGGCUGUGGUAUUGAUACAGCUGGUCCAACGUUUUGGUAACCUGACAUUAUGGAAUUUCAUAUUCGGUCCGCACAAUCGACAUCCAAUGAGAAAUAUGUUUAUGAGCUAUUUAGGUUAUCCCAUUCCAACAGCUGCAGUACCGGGGAGGAAUUUUGCACGAUUUUUACUUAUGGCUUGGCUAUUGCUGACCUUUGAAUUGCGUAAUGCCUAUCAGGGUAAAAUGUAUGAUAGCCUUAGGUUGGCCAAACGUCUGCCGGUACCGAGGACAAUAGACGAUCUCAUCAGGCAUGACUAUACUUUACUUUCUCACGAGUUUAAUGAUUUCUAUCCUCACAAUAAGACACGCAUUAUGAGCAAUGCCUUCAUGAGAUUGCACAGAAUCAACUCCAGUCAUCACAAGUUGACCGCCAUGGCACUGCUGGACUAUUUGGCUGAUUUUAAUGCCAGAAAUUUGCACAACACUUCGUUGACGUACGUGGAGGAAGAUAUCUAUUCGUUUCAGUGUGUUAUGAUGUUUCGUAGAUAUUCGGUUUUGCCGGAGAGUAUUAAUCCGAAAUUGAAAUUACUCACAGAUGCGGGAAUUACCGAUCACAUUGCCAAGCGUUAUGUUCGCUGGCAAAAGCAACGUGGCAACCGACGUGGUGCAGUUCCUACGGGUAUUCAAGAAAUAACCAAUCAUAAGUUACGUGGUGUUUACAAGGGCUAUGGCGUACUUUGUGCUUGUGCUGUACUGGUGUUUUUCCUCGAAAUGUUGACAUUCAAAUUUGGGAUACUAAAGAAGAUUAUGGAUUAUUUGAACUAA